GACUCCCCCAUGCACUGAACAAGUAAACUCUCUGUUCAAAGUCUCCAGAAAAGUUGUGUGCACAAUACCUGUCCCCGAUGAUACUCCUCUGAAAACAGUGCAGGAUGAUUCAAUAAAAGUUUUGUUGAAAAUUGAUGCAAAAUUUGAACAGGUCAUUGACUGUCUCUCAGCAAACAUUAUCGAAGUGACUAAAAAAUACCAGGAUGUAUCUGAUGUCAGCUAUUGGCUUGUGCAUUCAUGCUUUGGAAUGCAAACAUCCUUGAACAUGUUCCAGAAAGAAAAUAAACAGAGGUUUCCUUUGCCAGUCGGGAGCAUUGCUGUACCUCUUAAAAAAGAACCACAAGGGGGAAACUGGUUAGCUGAAAAGCAUGAUUCAGCUGGGCAGGUGUUUUGCUUCCUCCCACUCUCAAUUUAUUCUGGUCUUCCAGUUCACAUAAAUGGAUUCUUUGCUGUGACGUCCAACAGAAAGGGCCUUUGGGAUACUGGAGUGAAACAUGAAUGGAACAAGGCUUUGCUUCAAGAUGCUGUCACAGGGUCAUACAUUUUCACACUUUCUGUGUUGAAAGAGAUGUCAAAAAGAGGAGAACUCCAAGGGUACCACUACUACAUGUUCUGGCCUGACAAAGAGAAAGUGAGCACAUCUUUUCAAUCUCUCACUGUUGCUUUUUACUCUGCAUUGCUCACAAUGUUUCUGGCAAGGCUCUUGAACUCUUCAGUGAUGGGAAAACCUGGUGCUCUAUUGAGAAGGCAAGAUUUUUACACCCAAAAAUAGCACAGAACAAGGACGUGGGACAGAUUGCCAUGAAAGAGUUUCUGGCAAAUCAACGGAAACCUUACCUCGCUGUUCCCCUUCCAGAGUGGGUGAGAAAUAGCUUCAGCCAGACAGACUUGAACAGGAUUAUUUCGGCAAGGACACUGGACUGGGUUGAAUUCUAUGAAGAGAUAGUAUUCAACAACCUGAGUUCUAUGGAUCCUAAGAGCAGGAAUGCUCUUGUGUUACAUGCUAUUGACAUGAAUGACAAAGCAGUCGAUAACCUCCUCAAAAGUCACCCUUGCAUUCCAGCCAUUGGUUGUAAACAGCUUCAGUUCAUUAGGAGCCUUGUGAACCCCUCAGGAAAAGUAGCCUGUCUGUAUGAUCCAGAAGAAGGACGCUUUCUUAAAGGAACCUCUGAGGAUUUUUGCUGUCCAAAACGAAUCCAGCGGUUGACAGAACUCGGAAUGCUGAGCAAUUUUCUCUCAUUGGAGGACAUCAUAGAGAGAGCCGAAACCAUUACCAGGAUUUGGCAAAAAAACCAAAAAGAAGCAUACAAACGCAUUCGGCAAAUCUUGGAUCUAACUAGAGAACACUUAAGUGAUGAGACUUCUCCUCAUUGGAAUUCACUGAGAAACAUUGCCUUCAUUCCUGCAUGUCUCCCAAAAAUCACUGGUCAUGACAAAAAUACUUGUACUGCACUUAAAAAGCCUGUUGAAGUGUACAGUUUCAGCUGUCAAUAUCUGGUAAACAUGAUGCAGACUACAGUGGACCAAGCAGUUCUGGGCACAGACUAUGAUUCAGUUCUCCGUAAAUUGGGGGUUCUUGAAAAUCCACCCCUUCUGAUGGUCCUUCAGCAGCUAGAGCAUGCGCAUCUACAUUUCAGAGCACUGGAUGAAGAUAUGCUUAACAAGAUUGCUUUUGAAUGCUAUGGCUAUUUAGAUGAAAUGACAAAGGAGCAGACACAGUCAGAGGCCAUUUUUGAAAGCGCUAAAUCAUUUCCCUUUGUCCUAAUUGAAGGCAAAUUUGUGAAUGUGAAAUCUGUGGCAAAGAAAGUAGAAUUUGAAGCUAAGCCAUACCUCUAUUGUCUUCCAAAUCACUUCUCCAAAUUCAAAAACCUUUGGCAAUGUGUUGGCAUGCAGAAGCAUUUCACUUCAGAGCAGCUAGUGGGGGUUCUUCAGGAAUUGAGUAUUGAAUAUCAAAGCAGAGAGCUUUCUCAUUGUGAUCUCGACCUUUGUCUCAGAAUUACAAAGAGAUUGUAUGAAGCAAAAGAUCAUGAACAAAAAGGCUGUCUCUUGCCUGAUGAAAAUGGUGUUUUACGUCUCUCCCACAAGCUCUUUUACAAUGACAGCCCUUGGAUGCCAGUCUCAGAAAAUGCAAUUUUGUGUCACGACUUAGUACCUCGGAGCAUUGCACUUCACUUUGGGGUUCAAACAACAAGGCACCACACUCUGCAAAAUCACCUUGUGCAGGCUUUUCACCCUUUGUCAAAGAGUUUGGACAACAUGAGGAACUGA